AAGAGGUUAGGAAUAUGCCAAAUCAUUUUUAACCUUCUGUAAAUAAAUAUGUUGUUAAUAACAAAUUGUUGUUUUGAUAAUUUAUGCUGUGAUAACGACUGAUUAUUAUAUAAAUAUGCUUUCACAUUAAAUUAGGCUAAGUACUACUUAAAGGCGACCAUUAAUUCUAAAGAAUAGUUUGUAUUAUAAAGAAAGCAUGUCAAAUAGCGACCUUUCACUAAAAAUAAAAAAUAUUAAUUUAGACCCAAUCCUGACAUCCCUUCAACCUGUUAAACCAAAACCUCCCUUAAUAAUGACCAUACCUAAGUAUAUCCCUCAGGAACGAAAAUCCGCAAAGUUUUUAAUCGGUAAACCAAAAGAACCAAAAUUUGUACCUUACGAACCAUGCAAAGGAGCAAUUGAACCAAUUAUUCCUCGCAAGAAGAUUUUUAAGCGCGAAGUUGCAAAAUCGUCGAGAAACAAUGUGGAUAUAUUUGAAUUAGUUAAUCAAAUAGCGGAAGUUCGCGUGACGGAAUUAGGGAAAGCAAAGUUAGAAGCAACUCUGGAUGAUCGACCGUUAAUUUCUAGACAGGAGUGGGAAGCAGAACGGAAGUCGUACGAAACUGAUAUUAAAAAUCUACGUGAGACAAAUGCGCAUUUAGAGAACCAAGUGAAAUUUCAAACGCAAGUAAAUGGUGAAUUGAAAACCUUACUUGUGGCAGCUGUCGGUGAAGACCUCGAAACCCGUGUGCAACAUUUAACGGAAGAUAAGUUGCAGUUGGCCCGGGCACUGCUCAAUUCAGCAAACCACCUGACUAGUCAUCAGGAGCAAACCGAAUGGCUUUCCGGUCAAUGCGAGGUGUGGAGAAGUAAAUUUCUAGCUUCCAGUUUGAUGGUGGAGGAACUGGCGCAUUGGAAAACUGCCUUAUCGGAGAAAGUUAGCGAUCUUCAAGAAAAUUUAAGAAAUUUAUUGUACGAACGUAAUCAAGUGAGGCAGGACUUGCUCAAAUCGAAUCAUUGUUUAGCUGGGGCAUCUGACAACUUUAGCUUUACUUUAAAAUCUAGCAAUAUAAUGGAUUUGGGGGAACUGAACUGUAAAUUAAGCGAACAUAUAUUGAGGAAUCUAAACAAAAAUGACAAUAAUACCGAAAAUCUUGUAGAUGAAUGUAACUUAGAUAAACAUACGCCUGGCGAAAAGGAUGCUCUUAAGAACUUGCAAAAUCAAAUGACAAAGAUAAACAAGCCGGACCUUUUGUGUAAUGCGUUGGUUGGUGCUGCCAUGUCUGUUGGUGGUGGACAAAUCUACUUACAACAUCCAUCAAUUUGUACUUCUUGUUCCAAUUGUAAAGGGGAAGUGGAUAAUGUUUAACAAAGUGUGUAGUUAUAUUAAUUGUAUCAUAUUGUAUUUUAUUAAAUUGUAUUCUUUAUGAAAACA